AUGGGUGGGAAGCUGCAGCAGCUGAUGUCGAGGCUCCACCUGGCCAAGGGCGGCGGCGGCGGGAAGGGCGGCGGCGCGGUGCCGAGGGGCCACUUCGCGGUGUACGUCGGCGAGGCGAGGGCGCGGUUCGUGAUCCCGACGGCGUACCUCAGGCACCCGUCGUUCGUUGCGCUGCUGGAGAGCGCUGAGGAGGAGUUCGGCUUCGACCACCACGGCGGCGGGAUUAUCAUACCGUGCUCUGAGAGCGACUUCGUUGAGCUCGUCGGCAGCCUGAGCUCCUCGUCGCCGUCGUCGUCGUGGCGGCAUUGA